AUUUAUUGUACUCUUUGUUUCAUUUGCAGGGUCGUUGCAUUCUGUCGCAGAUCGUCUUUCUUCGAAUAAGGCAAAGAAAUCGUAAGCUACCAUCCACAAUGUCGAAAGAGGCCCCACGUGAACCCGAGCAGCUCCGCAAACUGUUCAUCGGAGGUCUGAGCUUCGAAACCACGGAUGAGAGUUUGCGAGAACACUUCGAACAAUGGGGAUCUCUUACAGAUUGUGUGGUCAUGAGAGAUCCAGCCAACAAACGCUCUAGAGGUUUUGGGUUUGUCACCUACUCUGGUGUGAACGAGGUCGAUGCUGCCAUGGAAGCACGCCCCCAUAAGGUUGAUGGUAGGCUGGUAGAGCCCAAGAGGGCUGUUUCCAGAGAGGACUCUAGCCGUCCAGGCGCUCAUGUCACAGUGAAAAAGAUAUUUGUUGGCGGUAUCAAGGAAGACACUGAAGACUCCCACCUACGAGACUACUUUGAGCAAUUUGGCAAGAUUGAAGUAAUAGACAUUAUGACCGACCGCACCAGUGGCAAGAAGAGGGGCUUCGCCUUUGUCACGUUUGAUGACCAUGAUGCAGUGGACAGGAUUGUCAUCCAGAAAUACCACACGUUGAACGGUCACAAUUGCGAAGUGAGGAAAGCAUUGUCCAGACAGGAGAUGCAGACAACAGGAGUGGGUAUGAGGGGUGGCCGCGGAGGUGGCGGCAACUAUGGCAGAGGUGGAGGAUAUGGAGGUAAUGAUUUUGGCCGUGAUGGUGGAUACUUCGAUGGCCGUGGUGACGCUGACUCGUCUGUUUCAGGAGGCAGAGGGGGUGGAUACGGAGGAGGAGAUGGUGGUUACAACAAUGGUUAUGGGGGAGGUGACGGCGGUUAUGGUGGAGGCCCUGGUGGUUAUGGCGGUGGUAACCGUGGCUACGGCGGAGGACAAGGUUAUGGUGGUGGACAGGGUGGCGGCUACGGUGGUGGAAAUGGCUAUAACGACUACAACAAUGGCAAUGGUGGAAACUUUGGCGGCGGUAAGUCCAUGGCUUCCCCACAAGAAGCAGCCCCAGUUGGUGGAAACUUUGGCGGUGGUGGUAACAACUACAAUGACUUUGGCAACUACAACAACCAGGCUUCCAACUACGGCCCAAUGAAGGGUAACAACUUUGGAGGCAGCAGUGGCAGCGGUGGAGGUAGCGGUGGUGGCAGCAGUGGUGGAAGCAGCAGCGGUGGUGGUGGCGGCGGCAGGAGUAGCGGCCCAUAUGGAGGUGGAUAUGGAGGUAACUCAGGAGGUGGCGGCGGUGGAUAUGGCGGGGGCUCCGGUGGACGACGAUUCUAAAUGUUCAAAAGGACUCAGUACUUAGGAGAGGAGAGCGAGACAAAUGACAGGGCAGCUGCAGGUUUACACCCUAGAUCUGCUCAGCCAAACAGUUGUGGCAGGUUACAGCUGCUACAAGAAGAGAUGUGUACAAUAGAGAAAUCAUGGAGGGGCUUCAUACAUUUCUGUACUGUCAAACAGGUUUCUUAUGUUUCUGGAAAGCAAGCAUUCCAAUGAGGUUUUAUGUAGAUUUUGCAUCUAUGGUUUUUAUUUGUGUAACUGCAACAAUCAAGUUGAAAUAAACCACCUUUCAGUUUUUUUAAACUGUC